AUGGACGUCAUGAUGACAAGUCCGGACAUCCACCAGCACGAUCUGGUGAGUUUCGGGCCCGGGCUCCGCGACCGCGGCGUAGUUGAGGUCGAGGGCACCGAGGUGGACACGUUCCAGAUUCUCCGCCUGGACAACUCCGUGGUGACCAAGAAGGCCAGCGACCUCACCGUCAUUGACAGGAGCUACCUGAACAUCGCCCAGGUGGUCGCCUCGGCGUCCGACGAGGGCGGACAGAUCGGCGUCGUCACCGGCGCCACCAGCGUGCUCGACCUGGUCAAGCUCGACGAGCGCGGCGAAGUGGUUGAGGCCUUCAGCGGCGUGUCGCCGUCUCGCCUGCGGCGCGUCAGGGCGCUCGUCCUCGGCGACCUGGUCGUCUCCGGGCCGUGGCUCGGCCAGGUCGCCGAUGUGUCCGUCGACGUCACGGUGUCAUUCGACGACGGCGCCGUCUGCAUGGUCGCCGACGCGGAGAUGAUGCUACGAGUAGCAGCGGAAUACAAGAACCACCAUUACCUCCCUCAGAGGAACAGUCGUUUCUACCCGGGGCUGCGGGUCGGCCCAAGUACUGUUUUCAAGGACGCCAGGUGGCUUCGUGGGCACUGGCACGCCGACCGCGAUGUAGCCAUAGGCACCGUCGUGAAGGUGGAGAUGUCCGGCGUACUCGUCCAUUGGAUCGCCUCGACACACUGCGGCACCGACCGGCUGCUCGUCGAGGAAUCCGCUCCUCCGGCUUACCAAAACCCUCAUGACUUGACCUUCUUCUGCAUGGCUUACAACAAUUGCGGUUGGGCGCCAGCUGACCGCUGCUUCUUUACCGAGCCCAGUUCGGCCCAUGGUGAAAUAGCUUUUGCUCAUGAUCCUCAACAGGAGGAAGAGCGACAGCACGAUGCAUGCUUGGAUAAGCUGGAGCUGCCCAUGAACGUCGCCAAGACCCACACCUAUGUCGACGUGCUGUGGCAGGACGGCACACAACAACAUGGCGUGCCAUCGGAGUCCAUGGUCCCUUUGCACAUCAUCAACGACCAAGACUUUCUACCUGGUCACCACGUGGUUGACAGUGCAUUUCUCGACGGCGGCGCAACCGCUAGUACCAUCAACGGUGACAUUGCUUUAGAUGGUAGUACCAAACCGGCAAGGCGUGUUGGUGUCGUGAGGACUUUUUGUUGCAGGGACCAGACGGUAAAUGUGUCAUGGUUCAAGGCCACGGCGUGCCCUAGCGAGGCUAGGGAGGUCGAGUGCAACGAGACCGUGAGCGCCUACGAUUUGGAACUGCAUCCUGACGACCUUCCUAACCUAGGAGAUAUUGUUGUUCGACUCCUUCCAUCAAGAUCAUCUGACCGCGGAACAUCAGUACAGUCAUGGAGCAACACGAAGAAGAAUGCCGAUCUUUCCUGGGUGGGACGUGUUAUUGACCUUCCUGAUGGCCAUGUGCAAGUCAAGUGGGGCGACAGAAGCAUCUCAACGAGCAUGCUGCAGGUGUUGCUCCAUGAGAUCGUUGUUGCCUACCAGGACGACUACAUGGUAUCACCAAACGAAGAAAUAGAUGAGGACAGCAGCACGGAGGAACCUGAAGAACCAACCGCCGCCGACACGGACAAUGAUCCAUGCAACCCAGCAGAGGAUGGCGAUGCUGAGAGCGACAGUGGUGAAGCCAACGAAGACAGGACGCCAGAGACGUUUAAAGGCCGGUUCAGUUCUUUCAUCUGGUAUUUGCUUCGAUUUACCGGCGAAGUGUUGUCCCGGGGUAAGGGGUUUGUGACAAUAUGGUCUCUGUCGUGGUUCCCACGUUCGAAGUCACCUGUAGCCACCAAGGAGAACCUUGGAGCGGGAGAGGAAAAGAUUGCUACAGAUGCUAUCAGUGGCGACCUAUCUUUCUGUUUCUCACAUUUUGAUAUAGUGCAUAGCCCUCCGGAUCACCAUUACAUUGACAGCGCAGACGAGGGUGCUAGCCGUGGAAAGCGUUGGCUUAAGACGGUACAAAAGGAAUGGAAAAUUCUAGAAAAAAACUUGCCAGAGACCAUCUAUGUGCGUGCUUUCGAGGACCGGAUGGACCUUCUCCGGGCAGUGAUGGUCGGUGCGCGUGGGACGCCAUACCAGGACGGGCUAUUCUUCUUCGACCUCCAGCUGCCCCCGUCCUACCCAGCCGUGCCACCCCAGGUUUACUACCACUCCUUCGGUCUACGUCUCAAUCCAAACCUCUAUGAGUCCGGCACAGUGUGCCUCAGCCUGCUCAACACAUAUGGCGGCGAGGGAACUGAGGUGUGGUCACCGGCGGCGUCGAGCCUCCUCCAAGUCCUUGUGUCCAUCCAGGGCCUUGUCCUUAAUGACCAACCUUAUUACAACGAAGAUGGCUAUGAGACCCUAGUAGGUACACCAUUCGGCCACCGCAACGCGCUGCCUUACAACGAGAACGCUUAUCUUCUCACCCUCCGGAGCAUGCUCCACCUGCUACGCCGGCCACCCCAAGAAUUUGAGGGGUUCGUAAAGGACCACUUCCGCCGCCGGGGGAGGUUGGUGCUCACGACUUGCGAGACGUAUUUGAAAGGAUGUGUUGAUGAAACAGUCUUGGGAGAUGACAAUGCCACCGUGGUGAGCAGGGAGCGACCUUGCUCGGUUGGGUUCAAGCUUGCUCUAGCCAACGUGAUACCGACCCUCGUGGCAGCCUUCAUAGAGAUCGGCGCCGAGGGCUGCCAAGAGUUCCAGGAGAUGAGAGUCUCAUUGCCACGUUCUCUAAGCACCACUCAAUAG